UUGUGCGUUCAGGGUCGGUCGCGUUACCGGUGAAUAUUGAAAAAUUAAUUAAUUGCGGCUCUGUGAAGACCGUAUGGCGGUAGUGACAGAGCGCGGGUCUGGCUUAUCCCUAUUUACUAUUUGCAAUUUCGCCGAGAAGCCCCUAAAAGCAGCUAGCCCACCACCAUGUCUUCAAUACCUCCCGAACCCACCAAAGCUGAGAUUGACCAGCUCCGGACUGCAGCUCUGGAGAAGAUUGAAAACGGAAGGGGGCAACUUCGACCCCAUAGAUGUAAAGAGGAUCAAGACAGAUGACAAGUACAUCCGCCGCUUCCUGAUGCACCACGACAAUGACCAGAAAUUGUCGCUGGAAAUGGUCAUGGACACUCUGAAGUGGAGGCAGGAGAUGCAGUGCAAUACCAUCGUAAAAGAGAGCAUACAAGCAGACUUCUUCGACAAAGGGGCAAUGUACAUACACAACAGAGACAAGGAUGGUUGCAAGAUGCUGGUGUUUGCCGUGCGUUUCCAUCAGAAGGGAGUCUUAGACAUGGACCAACUAAAGAAAUUUUUGAUUUAUUGGCUGGAGAGAUUAGAGAGGGAAGAGGGAGGCGAAUGGAUAACGGUGUUCUUCGACAUGUGUGAUACGGGGAUGAAGAACAUGGACAUGGAGUUUAUCCAGUACAUGAUCAACCUGUUCAAGAAUUAUUACCCGUGGUUCCUUAACUAUAUCAUUGUGUUUGAAAUGCCAUGGCUGCUAAGUGCUAUGUGGAAGAUUAUCAAAACAUGGCUGCCCCCAAAGUCAAUAGAGAAAAUCAAAUUUGUCGAUAAGAAGUCUCUGAAAGAGUUUGUGGAGCCUGACCAAGCCCUGGUCAGCUGGGGAGGCACUGACAAUUACGAGUACCAAUUUGAGGCCGAGGCAACCAAUGCCUUUGUGCCAGUUGCCAACGGAGACAUAGAGGCACGGAAGGUCCACUUUGCUGAGGGCAGUGCUCAGCCGCCUGCGUCACCUCUUAGGGGGAAACCACAGAUUAGACGCACAAUCUCAGCCAAUGGAAAGGCCAUCAUAGAUAUCGAUCCAAGCGAAGAGUUGCUGUUCAGCAAUUGCCGAAUUGGUGCUUCAACAAACAUUUUACUGACUAACCCAACAGACAGCCCUGUGGCCUUCAAGAUCAAGACAACUUCACCAGAGAAGUAUCGUGUACGUCCAUCUGUUGGUGUCCUGGAAGGGGGAGCUCAGCUGGACAUCAGUGUGACCGUGAGCGAGCAGCUUGCCCCGGCUGCACUGGUCAGGGACAAGUUCCUUGUUAUGGGAGCUCCAACUACAAUACCGGAUAUGAAUUCUCAGGAAGUUUCACAGUUGUUCAAGAACAUCAGCAAGGAUGAUCUUUUUGAAACACGCUUACGAGUAGGAGUCUCUGCUGUCGACUCAAGUCAUGAUUCAUCUUUAGCUGGUGGUCAGGCUCCUGCUACAUCAUCUGAACUUAUUUCAAAGAUUGACCAGUUACUCCUCCGCCAGUCAGCGGUGGAAGAGCAGCUCCGAGCCGCAAAGAAACUCGUGUUCGUCAUGCUUGUGGCCAUGAUUGUAGUGCUUAUAUUCCUCAUCACAAUCACGAACAACAACCUCCACGCAUACACAGCAGCAAUGCAGAGCGCCAACACUAUCAUCAGCCAAGCUAGUCAUGGGGAACAGCACAGCCAGGUGGAGCUAUAGCGCUUCAGUGCUCUGUAAUUGUAAGCUGUCAGAAGCUCAUUGGAGAAAGGCUAUGGUCAUUGUAAGCCUUUAAAGAGAGGCUUGAUGUAUGAGUGUAGAGUCACCCUAGAGGUGGUAUUGAAUGGGGGGAGGGGGAAGGUGGGUGGAUGACUUAGCAGUCAUUUUGCACAAGAAGUUUGUCACGAUUGUGAGUGUUGUAGAGAGUGCUAUUAUAGUCUAGGGAGUUGUAAAUAGAUAAUGAAUACCUUUACUAGAGGCUUUUUAUAUGUUUAAUGGCAUUUAAGAGGACUUAAGUGUACUUGGCCAAUCAUUAAUUGAUGUGAAAAAAAGAUGUGAUAACUUAUCAUGAUAAGCACAGCGUAGGUAGAAGUUUCAUAGUAAAAAUGUCCUUUUCUGAAUAUGAAUUAAAUUAGUCUGUUUGAUAUAAUGUACUGCUGGAAUGAUGUCAUUCAUAUGCAAGUAAAAACAAAUGUUUAAAUAUGCAUUAUGGAUUACUUAAUGAUAUAAAGAAACAACAACUUCAUAUAUGUAGAUGUAGGUUUGUGAAUCUUUUGUGAUGAGUAUGAAGUGAACCUUGCAUGUGUUAGCUUAAAAAAAAACAAUACAAAAAAAACAUUGGUGUAUAUUUACAUCAUGAAACUUAUUUUUGAGUGGCUUUACAAAAUUGAUCAUGACACAAGCAGUAACCAUUCACAGAUGUAAUCACAUUGUGCCAUAUACAUAUCAGCAGGUUAGAUGAGCCACACUUACUUUUAGGAUGGAGCAGAUGUGAUUCUUGAAAGAAAAAAGGGAAGGUAUUGUAGACUAAAAUGAUGCAAUAUGACUGAUAUUGUUUUUUAAAUUUCAAGUUUAAUAUUUUUUAUUGUUACCAUUCAGUUGUAAUUGUUUGGGAUUCAGGAUUUUUUUCUUAUCUCUGUUUACAAUUUUAUUUUAUAUUUAAAUUUCAUACAACCAUACACUUUGUACACAAGCUGUAUUUAGUGAAUGUUUACUGCCCCAUGAACAACAUACUAAUUUAUAGAUGAGUGAUAGAAAUAGUUUUCAUGUGCUGUUAUUUAUUAUAAUAUGUCUAAGCUUUCUUUUUCUCCAAACUGUAAUUAUGAGUGUGUCUGUAUGCAAGCUUCUUUUGUUAUGAUUUAUAAACAGGUCACAACAUCAACUGCAGAGGAAGUGAAAAGGUUGAAGCCCUUUGAUGUGUUAUGAUUUGCUUAUGCUCAUUCCUUUUCCAGUUAUUAAUGCAUUGUUUUCUUAUUGUUUAUUUUUUUGUAAAAGUUUCUUCUUUGAUUUUUGGUUUACAUUGAUUAUUAUCACAAUUAUUAUUCCCUGUGUUGUUUGAUAAUAACCUAUUGAGGAGGAGAAGGAAAUACAAAAACAGUUUUUGGGAUGCAUGAGGGUUAGCUUCCCAUAAAUAUUUUCAUGCUUCCACACGUUUAUAUAAAAAUAUAUUAUAUGUAAUUGAUGGUGAUGCAACAAGAAGUGCAUCUUUGUACAAACAAUUUUGUAUUUGUGUAGUGGCCACUAAAUAACUCCUAUAAGCCUUCUAUGUAAAUGCAAAGGUUAUUUUUAAGUUCGUAAAGUCUCUUAGUUAAAUUGUGACAUGAAAGUUUGGUACAUUUAGAUCUCACAGACAAAAGAAAGAAAAUGGUUUUGUUUCUAUUAUGAUUUUUUUUAACACCUCUUUUGGGAUGUAAUAAUUAUUUUGAAUUUGUUAAAUAUAUGUACUUAAUUGUUGAAACUUGAAGUUUACACUGCCAAAAGAUACAAGCACAAUCUGAGGAAAACCCAUAAAUUUUUCCUUGGCAGAGAGUUUUUGUAGCAAAAGCACACCCCAGUUAUGUAUUAUAGAAGAUCAAUACUCAUAUCCUAAAUGAGUAUCAUUCCAGUAACAUAAGUAAGAGUCCAUCUUUUACCCUACAGAUUUCCAUCGUCUUUUGAAUUUCACAAAGGGUUAUGGAAUCUAAGUGAAUUGAAGUUAUUUUCAUGUCUUCGUACUUUAUUUUCAGUGUUCACUGUAUUUUUCUAUUUUUCUUAAAUGUUGUUAUAACUGAGUAUAGAUAGUAUUUACUAUUGACAAGGUUCUGAAUUGUUAAUUAUGGUUGCAGAAUAGGGGAUAACAUUGCAAGAACUGCAUUUUAAUAACUGAUGUAUUUCAGCCAAUGAAGUAUACUGAAGACUGGGAACAUUUAGAUAGAUCAUUACAGGUAAUGUCAGAGAUGUCAAGGUCAGCUUAGAGAAGUUGGUUAUAAUUGACCAUGAAAUUACAGAAAGUGAGAUAUUGUUCUCCUUUAAAACUUUAAAAUUAGAGUUUAUUAUUAUACUGGUUAUGUAUGCUGAAAGUAUAUUCCUUUUUCUUUUUUUAUUAUUAUUUGUCAUGAAUAGUGUGUUUUACUUGUGAUUGAAUGUUGAUAUUAUCUUAAGUGUAAUUCUUUCAGUUAGCACAAUAUUCACAUUCUAGUAAACUUGCAUCAUUCUUUUUGCCAAAUAGUAUAACAGUGAAGAGUUUUGUAUGAAACAUCAGGUAAUUCAUAAAAUUCCUUAUUGGAAUUAUUUACAUUAUAUAAGCUAGUGAAGAAAUAAAAAUGAGAUGCAAGAAGUAAUAGUUGUGGGUGUAAGACUUCUAUUUUUUAAG